UAAAAAAGAAAAGAAAGAGAGUAUUUUCUCUCCCUGCGUUAGGGUUUUUCGAAAGCUAAGUUUAAAUCCCUAAAAACCCCCCAAAAUCCCUCUUGGCCUCUGUAAUCUGGGCUCGUCAAUCUCGUCUCUCCACUAGGUUAGGGUUUUCUGCAUCUCCAAGUGUUCCCCCGAUCCCAAUGGAGAACGAUUCCGAGCAACAAAUGGGUCGUUCACUGGUAAAGCAGCUAGCGUGCUGCAACAAAACCACCCGGGACAGGGCUCUCCGCGUUCUCCUCAAAACAUGGCUCCCUUCCCUCUCCGACCACCUCUCCGACGACGACGCCAAGAAGCUUUGGAAGGGUCUCUUCUACUGCUUCUGGCACUCCGACAAGCCCCUCCCUCAGGCCGAACUCGCCAACCGCCUCUCCUCUCUCCUCCUCUCUCUCUCCUCCAUCCCCUUCUCUCUCCAGUACCUCUCCACCUUCUUCCUCACCAUGCGCCGCGAGUGGCCUUCCAUUGACGCCCUCCGCCUCGACAAGUUCUACCUUCUCAUCCGCAGGUUUAUUUCUACUCUCUUCUCUCUCUUGAAAAAGAAUUCCUGGGAUUUGGAACUUGUUCGCCGGUACGUCGACGUUUUGGACAAGGGCACUUUCUCCGCCGAGGAUAAGUUUCAGGGUAGUAAUGGCGUUAAUUACCAUUUUGCCACUGUUUUUCUGGAGGAGCUUAGGCCGUUUCUGCCUGUUAGAGUUGAGGUUCUCGAUAUUCUGUUUGCACCGUUUUAUUCUGUUAUGGGGAGGGUCCCUGAUAGGGUUUUGUUAGGGAAGAUUAAGUCUGGCUUGUUUGAUGUGUUGCUGAAGAAUGGGAGGAGAUUGUUGGAGGCAAGGAAGGCUGGCGAGGAGGUUGCUUCGGGGGACGAUGUUGCGGUUCUUGGGACUGUGGGUUUGGUUAUGGGGUUUUCUGGUAAGCUUUAUGGUAUUGGUUCAGAUCCUGGGUGUUGUCAAGGGAAUAGGAAGGUAUUGUUUGGGCUUCAUGAACAGUUUUUGAAGCUUGAGAAGGAUGCUGCCGCCUCUGGAUUUGAGUUCUCAAUUCCGGAUUCUGUUGAUCAGGAUGAUGAUGAGGAAGUCCCAAUUUCGGUUCCCGUUUGUAAUGGCAUGGAGGUGGAUGCUCAGGAGGCCAAGGCGGAGGGUGAGGACCUUGCUAAUGGUAAGGUGUUGAAGAAGUGUAAGAAGGAUAAUAAGGUUGGUGGUGUUAAGAAAGCAAAGAAGAAGAAGAAGGGUGGCAAAGCAGAGGAUGACAGUGAAAAUGUAGCUGAUGAGAAUGGUGGGGAUUUGAAUGGCAAACAGGUUGAUGAUGAGGGCACUCUACUGUUGAAUGAGGCUGUGAUGUCAAACCUCCAGAAGCAGUUUGAGAAGGUUGCUGCUGAAGAAGGUUUAGAUGAUGAUGGAGUUGCAAGUGCCUGUGAUAGUCCUCAUUCUACAUCUGCUGGAGCUAUGUCUAAGAAGAGGAAGAGAACAAAAAAUUUGAAAGGAAAGAAGUCCCAGGAUUCUGAAAUUGAUGGUGGAGAUGCUGAUGAUGACGCUGCUGUGGCAAUGAAUGGGGAGAAGAGCGCCAAGAAGGUAAGAUUUUCCAUGAAAAGUAACUUGGUGUGGAAGCCACACACUCCUUUACCUCCUCAGAGCUUGAGGUUGCCUCCUUCUGCUGCUCCCAGAGGAAGUGCACUCAAAAAGGGUGUGCCCCCAGGUCCUAUCAGGGAGAUGCUUUCUCCUACCAAGAAGCCAAAAGCGAAGAAGGCGAGGAGGGUCAUUAAGGGUGUUGUCGGAUCUGUCAAAAGACUGAAGAAAUUAAGAACUCGUUCUGCAUGAUUUGCUUCGGAGGUCGAAAGGGUCUGCGGAAAAGGUGAGUGCUGAUUCCUCGGUCGUAAUGAAAUCAACCGGUUUACCUAUGGCAUGGUGUGUUAAGGUAAAGCGCAUUUGGAUUUGCAGUGCUCUGGUUCUUCCACUGGGUGAAAUUAUAAGAUAAUAUGUGAUAACUUUCUUAUGUUGAGGCAGUUGAUUUUAUAGGUGUUUUGAGUUUCUGUCUCUGUAAAUAAAAGUAGCCCUCUCUUGUCGAAACAUAAACAUAAAAAUUCAAUUUUGGUGCUAUAGAUAUUGUAGGAAGAGCUUACAAUUAUCAUUUUCUUCUUUUAUGUCGUGUUCAUGGCCCAUAGAUUUAUAGUUACAUUAUUUUAAGGUUUUUCUUACAUUUCUUUCCUCUCAAUCUUGAGCUCAAUCACAGAAUUGCAGAACUAGUGAUAAUCUCAAAAGUGUCUAACCAUUGAAGAAUUUGUUUUAAACAAAGCGCAGUGUGUAAUAUCAACUUCUAGUAGUACAUAAAUUCGUUCUUUUCUGGUCAAAGCAUAACUUUUUGGUUCCCAGUUCCUCAUCAUGUGUUUUCGCUUUCUUCUCGAGUUCAUUCAAUGGAAUGAAUCCACGGUCACGUUCGAAUGAUGAACCGGAUAAUAAUAGCUUAUGGUGAUGGCUAUUUUGCAUUUAAUUUGUGAUUGUGAUUGUGAUUGCUACGAGCUAAGGCAUCAAAGAAUCUCAUUUGCAUUGUGUUGAGGUUGUGUCACUGUGUUUAGCAACAGAAGAGGUUUAGAACAUUAAACUUGGUCGUCUUAUUACUUAGAUCUGUAUUUGUACUGAAACAUUCAAAUAUAUGUAGGUAAACUCAACAAUCGGCCAAGUUUAUAUGCCAACAUUAAUUUGGAGGAAUUAUCUUUAGUCUUGACCAAGCAAGAACGUAGAUAAAACAUCAUCUACCUCAUGGUUCUACUUCUAAUAUGUGUUUAUUUGACCCUUGACUUGUAGAAGAAAGAACAGCCGUUAAUUCGUAAACAUAGUCCACAUUUCUUUUAUAAUGUUGUUUAACAAUCUAAACAAGUUUAUUAUUCAUAACCAAAAAUUACAACGAAUCUGAAUUGCAGAGAGUAGAAUGCCUAAUAAAUAAAGUAUAUGUAAAAUAUAAACGGAAGAUCCUAGGUUUUUUUUUGGUUUAUUCAAUUUAUACAAGACAGGGCAAAGAAAUGAUAAGAAACGUGUUGAUCAUGCAAGGGUGCAUUCAGGAGGAAGGCCUUGUGGGAAACGUUUGGUAUCGGUGCAGUAAUUGUAGAUCAUGUAGUUCUUCUGAACCCACUGGAUUCUUGCUUGCCCAGUUGAGUCAAGUGACUGAGUGAACCAUGAUUGGCCUUGUUUUGAAGAACAAGAGGAGCCUGAAGAAGAGGUCCAAACACAAGCUUGUGCAUUGAAGCCUUUGUAUGAGGCUGUGAAUGGGGCUUGGGUCCAAUCAGUCUUCACAAGCCCACCCCUUGUGGCCCAAUCUUCUGCGUCCCAUAGACUUGAGUAUAUCCUCAUUGCUUGAUUCUUCGGAAAUGGAACUCCUUUUGAUUCCAAAUUCUUGAAUUCCCUUAUUGGUGUGCCGUCCACAGAGAAUCUGAUGAUAAUAAUAUAUAGUUAUAGUUAAUAAUAAUCAAUAUUAGUAGAGAGAAGAUAGAUGGUAAUAUGGUAUAUGCAUACAUGAUGCUUUGAGGAUUCCAAAGAAGAGAAUAAGUAUGGAAGUCCUUGGUGGGGUCGAACCAUAGAUGGAACUGUUGUUCUCUGUUGCCUUUCCCUUGCGUGAAUACAUUCGUGUGCAGAGUGUAUGGUUCACCACUCAAGUUCCCCAGAAAUUCAAAGUCUAUCUCAUCGUGAGUGUCACCAAGUGAACUUAG